AUGCUUCAAAAACUGUUCAAGAAUGCCUUCGGACUCGAGCAACAUCUUCGGGGUCGAACCUUGGUCAAUGCAAUCACGGUGGUGUGUUCAAUUGGAUUCUCACUGUUUGGAUACGACCAAGGAGUUAUGGCCAACCUUAUCGGUGCAGACAACCAGUUCGGCAAAGACUUCGGGCAUCCUGACCCGGGCCUGCAAGGAACAAUAGUUGCUAUCUACGAAUUGACAGCGUUUCUUGGGAGUCUGGCAGUCAUCGGUAUUGGCGACUAUCUGGGGAGAAGACGAACAAUCAACUGGGGUAUCUAUAUUCAACUGCUCGGAGUCGUCAUACAAUGUUCUGCCUUUCAGCUGCCGCAGUUGAUCGUGGGUCGUUGUGUCACAGGAGUUGGCAUCGGCAUCCUUACAGCUGGUGUGCCGGUCUACCAAGCCGAAUGCUGUGAAGCAAAAGAUCGUGGAAAGCUUGCCUGCGUUUUCAAUUGGAUUUGCAUAUGUGGAGUCACAUCAUCCUAUUGGAUCGGUUAUGGGUUUUCUUUUGUCGACGGCCCGGCACAAUGGCGAUUUCCAGUGGCUUUUCAGGCGGCAUUCAGCGCAGUGAUACUUGUCCUCAUCGCCAUCUUGCCAGAGUCCCCUCGAUGGCUCGAAGACAAGGGAUUUACCAGCGAAGCGAAGGAGGUCAUCGCUCGACUUUCAGGCAAGAACGUCAGUGUCAGCGAUCCGCGAGUCGUCCAGUUACAUGCCGAAAUUCAGACCGCUAUUGCAAGCGAGAAUGAGGCUGGCAAAUUCAGCUUCAAAGAAAUGUUCGGAGGUGGACGACUUCAGAACGGAAGGAGAAUGUUGCUGUGUCUACUGGCUGGUUUGGGAUGUCAGAUGUCCGGUAUCAACCUAAUCACGCAAUACGCGCCCAUCAUCUUCCAGAGCUCAAUUGGCAUGACCAGAUCUACUUCCCAGCUCGUUGCUGGAUUCAAUUCGCUUGAAUACAUGCUCGCAACAAUCCCCCCAAUUUUCUAUAUCGAGAAAGUUGGAAGGCGGAAGAUCUUGAUGAUGGGAGCCUUGGGGCAGUGUCUGACCAUGGCUAUCCUGGCGAUUACAGUACACAACGGUAAUUAUGCUGCCGGCAUUGUUGGAGCCGCCAUGCUGUUUCUCUUCAACACAGUGUUCGCGCAAGCAUGGCUCACUGCACCAUGGCUGUAUGCUUCGGAAAUUUGCACACUUAGAUUGCGAGCCAGAGGUGCAGCAGCAGCAUCUGCUGGAUUCUGGAUUAUUAACUUCGCCGUCGUUGAGUUUACUCCAUCAGCUAUCAACAAUAUCGGAUGGCGCACCUAUAUCAUCUUUGCCGUCUUUAAUGCUGUCUUCGUACCGACAGUGUACUUCUUUUUCCCAGAGACCACAAACCUGCAGCUCGAAGACGUCGACUAUUUGUUCGAGGUCAAAGGUAUUACGGGUGGCGCCCGAGGUGAAGCACGCAAGCAUAUCGCAGCAAGACACGACAUGGAGAAUGCCAGAAGAGAUGAAAUGGGGCAACUCGGUCUGGAAAAAACCUCACGAACCGAAACAAAGACUGCUGUGGAAUUCUGUGAGGAUACUAACUCGGACUGA